AUGACCCUGAAAAAAGGGCGGGCUGGACCUAGCGGCCAAUGCACGCAGACACAGUCCACUCCCACCGACGAAGAGGUGACGAACUCAAACAGCACUGCACAGCAGAACCCUAAGAAAUCCUUAAAAAUCCACCGCCGACCUCCGGCUUUCCAGUCUCCUGGUCUGACUCCGUCCACGAGUGUCGAAGCUCGAAGUUCAGCUGGCGAUUUUCUGGUUGAAGCUCGACAGCGCCGAUCUUCAUGCUUCCCGGUCUCUGUCCACGAGUGGAAGGUCAAAGCUCGAAGUUCGGCUGGCGAUUUUCUGGUUGAAGCUCGACCCCUCCCUGCUUCCCUUCUUCCCUUUAAGAUCCAUCAAUUAUGCGGAGCAAAACCAAAAGUGGCGCGGCCGCCGGAGCUUUACGUGAAUCUCUUCACUAUCCCCAGUCAUUGCCUUGAAGGAGAAACCCUAAUUCAUUUGCUCAAAUCAAUUCAAAGGGAGAUUGAAUCUGCCAGAGCUGCUGACACUGCUUUGCCUAUUAAAUUUUGGAUUAAGCAACAAUUUGCAGUGGGAGUUAAUGAAGUCACGCGUGCGCUCGAGCGGAUUCCCCCGAAUCAUACCAGGACUGAUAUUUCCUUAGAAGAGUGUAGUUUGAAGAAUGGUGAUGAUAGCCGCAAAGCCCCUUGCGCGCCCCUUCAGGCAAUACUAUUAGCAUCCGACUGCAACCCUCGAUGGCUGACUAAACAUUUGCCAGCAUUGGCUGCUUCAAGGAAUGUACCUCUUAUCUUUUUAAAAGAUAGAAAGAAGGAAGGUUCGUUAAGAUUAGGGGAGCUCGAUAAAGGAAAUGCAGUGAAUCGAGUAAUUAAUGAGGUCCUUGUUGCUGACAAGAUGGAUAAGCCGAUCUCCUUGGAUUUUAAAUAGAUGCUUUAAGCAUUUUAUCAGAUUUUUUACAGGGGUUCUUGAUAAAUUUGGGAAAAAUGGGUUAUUGAAUAUUUGAAUUAAUUUGUGAAAAAUUGGGGUUAUGUAGAGAACCAUCUCAUGAGCCACAUAGGCAAAGAAGUUUGCCACAUCGGCCAAAUUUUGAAAGCUUGCACGAGUUGCCAAUAUUGCUCUGGCGAUGAUUUUUUUUUUUUCCUUGCGGGAGUAAGAUUUAAAACAAAAAUUUCAAUAAA